AUGCCUUUCAAUUUGGCGCACAACACGCACAUAGAGACACUGCAGCCAGCGGACAGAGAAGAAGUCAAUGACGCAGACGCUGAUAUAGAAAUGGACGACGAUGAUUCUUUCCCGCGUUCCAAACUCACUUCUCCGGGCGAUGUGAUUGCGUCGUCGUCGGCAUACAUGCACGGACACGGCACAUAUGUUCACAACGAUAACAUCGUUUCCAACAUGUUCGGCACAGUAGAGCGUGUCAACAAACUCGUUUCUGUACGUCCACUAAAACACAAGUAUAUUCCUCAAGUCGGUGAUCUCGUUAUUGGCCGUAUCGUUGAAGUUCAAGCUAAGCGUUGGAAAGUUGACAUCCACUCCUCCUCAGAUGCUGUCCUUAUGCUCUCCUCUAUCAACUUGCCUGGUGGUGUACAGAGACGUAAAUUGGAAUCGGAUGAGUUGCAAAUGCGCAAUUUCUUCACUGAGGGUGACUUGUGCGUCGCUGAAGUUCAGUCCUUCUUUCAUGAUGGAAGCGUUUCGUUGCACACGCGUAGUUUGAAAUACGGUAAACUGCGUAAUGGAACUCUAGCUACUGUCCCGCCAAAUCUCAUGAGACGGCUCAAAUCUCAUUUCUACACACUACCUGUCAAUGUUGACCUUAUUAUUGGCUUGAAUGGCUCUAUCUGGGUGAGCAUGCACGACGACGUCAGUCAGGACCUCAACCUCAACGAUGAUAAUCAGGGUUUCGAUAGUGAGGGCGUGUAUAAUGACACCAACGACUCUAUCGACUCUCAGACUCGCGAAUCUAUCAAUCGCACUGCUAUCGUUAUAGACAUACUCGCUAGCCAUAGAGUUCCCCUUACUGACACACUCAUUGCUACUGCUUAUGAUGUGGCUCUCGAUCUAGAGCAAGAUAAUGGUAUUAGGUUUCUCUCCAGUAAUGAGGAUGUUCAGGAUGAAUUGGUACACUGCGCACUCCAAGUCGAGGAGAGUGCUAUGGAUAAUGCAUAA